UCCGCACUGGGGACGCGCGGGCGAGCUGCAGCUCCGCGCUGGGGACGCGCGGCCGGCGGUGCGUGUCAGGCGGCGCUCGCUGUUGUGCAGCGCGGAGCGGUUCGGAUCGGCGCGGCUGCAGUCGCCCAUGCGGAGGCAGGAUGAGGCGGGCGCUGGCGGCCGUGCUCUGCUCCGGGCUCCUCGCCUCUGUCCUCGCCGCCUUCCCCAGCAGCCUGCAGAUCGGCGCUCUCUUCCCCAAACAACACUCGCAAGAAUAUUCCGCCUUCCGCUUCGGGCUGUCCUUCUACAACACGGACACUCUGUACAAACUCAUCACCCAGACCGAGAGUGUGGACAUCGGCAACAGCUUCGCCGUCACCAACGCGUUCUGCUCGCUCUUUGCUCGCGGGGUCUACGCCAUCUUCGGCUUCUACGACAGGAAGACGGUGAACACACUGAGCUCGUUCUGCGGCGCGCUGCACCUCUCCUUCAUCACGCCCAGCUUCCCCGUCCACACCUCCAACCAGUUUGUCAUCCAGAUGCGGCCCGACAUCCAGGAUGCCCUGCUCAGCGUCAUCGAGCACUACAAGUGGCACAAGUUUGUCUACAUCUACGAUGCCGACAGAGGUCUGUCGGUGUUGCAGCGGGUGCUGGACAUGGCAGCGGAGCAGAGCUGGCAGGUGACGGUGGUGAGCAUGGAGGCCACCACGGCAGAGGGAUACCGCCUGCUGUUCCGUGACCUGGACAAGGGCAAGGAGCGGCGCGUCAUCAUCGAUUGUGAGGCCCACCGGCUCAACGCCAUCAUCACCCAGAUCAUCAGCAUCGGCAAACACAUCCGCGGAUAUCAGUACAUCUUUGCCAGCCUGGGUCUCCUGGACAUGGACCUGGAGCGUUUCCGGGGAGCGGGGGCCAAUGUGACGGGCUUCCAGCUGGUGUGGCCUGAUAGCCCCCCCGUCACCAAGUUCCUGCAGCGCUGGCGGCAGCUCGACAGCAAGGAGUACCAGGGGGUGGACCGGCACCGCCUCAAGUACACGUCGGCCAUGACCUUUGACGGUGUGCUGGUGCUGUCUGAGGCCUUCAAGUAUCUGCGCAAGACCCGCAUCGACAUCUCUCGCCGUGGCAACGCCGGCGACUGCCUGGCCAACCCUGCCGUGCCCUGGGGCCAGGGCAUCGAUAUACAGCGGGCCCUGCAACAGGUCCGCAGUGAGGGUCUGACGGGGAACAUUCAGUUCGAUGAAUUUGGCCACCGCACCAACUUCACCGUCAGCGUGCUGGAGCUGAAGACCGACGGCAUGAGGAAGAUUGGCUACUGGAACGAGGAUGACAAGUUUGUGGCCACCAUGAUCGAUGCUCAUGUCAGCAACGACACCAACAGCAUACAGAACCAGACCUACAUCGUCACCACCAUCCUGGAGCCGCCCUACGUGAUGCUGAAGAAGAACCAGGAGCAGCUGGAGGGCAACGACAAAUACGAGGGCUACUGCGUGGAGCUGGCCGCCGAGAUCGCCAAGCACGUGGGCUUCAAGUAUAAGCUGGCCAUCGUGGCUGAUGGCAAGUACGGAGCUCGCGAUCCCGAGAGCAAAGCCUGGAACGGCAUGGUGGGCGAGCUGGUCUACUCGAAAGCUGACAUUGCAGUGGCUCCUUUAACAAUCACGCUGGUCCGUGAGGAGGUCAUCGACUUCUCCAAACCCUUCAUGAGUUUGGGGAUCUCCAUCAUGAUCAAGAAGCCGCAAAAGUCCAAGCCGGGGGUCUUCUCCUUCCUCGACCCGUUGGCCUAUGAGAUCUGGAUGUGCAUCGUCUUUGCCUACAUCGGAGUGAGUGUGGUCCUCUUCCUGGUCAGCAGGUUCAGCCCGUACGAGUGGCAGACAGAGGAAUACGAGGAUAGCCCUGACAUGCAGAGCCUCGAGCAGACCAACGAGUUUGGAAUAUUCAACAGCCUCUGGUUCUCUCUGGGUGCCUUCAUGCAGCAAGGAUGUGACAUCUCCCCCAGGUCCCUGUCAGGUCGUAUUGUUGGUGGAGUCUGGUGGUUCUUCACCUUGAUCAUCAUCUCCUCAUACACGGCCAACCUGGCUGCCUUCCUGACUGUGGAACGAAUGGUGUCGCCCAUCGAGAGUGCCGAGGACCUGGCCAAGCAGACCGAAAUCGCCUACGGAACCCUGGAUGCCGGCUCAACCAAGGAGUUCUUCAGAAGGUCCAAGAUUGCCGUCUUUGAGAAGAUGUGGGCGUACAUGAAAUCGGCCGAGCCCUCGGUCUUCGUUAAAACCACAGAGGAAGGGAUGACCAGGGUGAGGAAAUCAAAAGGGAAGUACGCCUAUCUCCUGGAGUCCACCAUGAAUGAAUACAUUGAGCAGAGGAAGCCUUGCGACACCAUGAAAGUUGGAGGAAACCUCGACUCCAAGGGAUAUGGAGUGGCCACACCCAAAGGAUCUCCUCUAAGAAACCCAGUAAACCUGGCAGUUCUUAAACUCAACGAACAGGGGCUGUUGGACAAAUUGAAAAACAAAUGGUGGUACGACAAGGGAGAGUGUGGCAGUGGAGCCGGUGACUCGAAGGUUAGCUCCAUUAACCUUGCAGUAUUGAAACUCAGUGAGCAAGGCAUCUUAGACAAGCUGAAAAACAAAUGGUGGUACGGUAAAGGUGAAUGUGGAAGGAAGGACUCCAGCAGCAAGGACAAGACAAGCGCACUGAGCCUGAGCAACGUGGCGGGAGUUUUCUACAUCCUGAUCGGCGGCCUGGGGCUCGCAAUGCUCGUGGCGCUGGUCGAGUUCUGCUACAAAUCCCGCACCGAGGCGACCAGGAUGAAGCUCUCCAUCAGCGCGGCGAUGAGGGUGCCGGAGCGGGUGCCGGUGCUAGGCGGGCCGGGCGAGAACGGGCGUAUCGUGGGCCAGGAUUUCAGCAAGUCUGCGCACACGCUGCCCCGCAUGAGCCACCCGAGCGGCAGCCUCGGCGCCACCGGCAUUUCGUAACGCGGGGCUCAGGAACCGCUCACACGAGUCGCAGGAACCUUUCAUCUCUAACGUCGUCCUGGAAACGUCAACUGGUCGCCAAAUGUUGUAAAAGCGCAAUAAGUGGAGGUGCCGGAGGGAGGGAGGGCGCGGCUCGGCUCGGCGCCACUCGCCUCUCCGCCGCUGUUUAGUAUUUCGGACAGGACUCUGCGCCCGUGGGAGCUGCCUGCGCCGCUCGCCAGCGCCCAUCCGCCGGGGGAGACGAGGGGUGGCCGGCCGGGCAGCCGCCCGCUGCGGAGGGGAAGCCGAGUGACUCGGGAGCCGGGCUGAGACUCCAAUUGCAAACCUCCCGCCAGCACACAGCGUCACGAAUCCUGCCUUUGAAAUAUUAAACACGCUUUCUACCGUCUUUGUUUAUUUCCAGUAACUCUGCAGACGAACACUUCCCAUCACUUUCACGAGGCAAAACGCAUUUGAGUUUUGCCCGGACUCGCCUCAUCGGAACCGCUUCGCUCCUCAUCCGUGCUCGUCCCGUAGUUGUAGCGCCAUCUCAUAGUUAACCAUUUGUCAGCAGGGAUCCGGGCUGGACAACAGGUGUCGCUCAACACUGUUACCCUCAGCUGCACUCAGGAGUGGGUUUAAACAAUUUUAUAUAAUUGUUUGUACAAGAACAUUAAACUAGAUAUACAUUA